CAGCAAUAGAGGAAAGGCUACUGCAUCGCUUAUUAUGCCAAAAUUAAGCUGUCACAUCUAUUGAUGUCGUAUCCUUGAGGAAAUGGACUUGAAUCAAGAUCUGCAACGCCUUAAACUUGUGAUCAAGGAAUGGGAAAAGACAUUCAGCAUUGAAAAGGCCAGAAAACCUACAGCUGCUGACAUAAAGGAUGCGCCAGCAAGUAUAUCGGAAGCCUAUUCACAGUAUUGGAAGAUCAAAAAAAGUAUCUCAAAACUGAGCUCAUCGGUGACCUCGGAUGAUGGGGUAUGGGAUGUUUCAUUGAACAAAAAGCCUACAGAAAAGCGAAACAAAGCACGGCCAAGCUCCUCAAGUGUUUACACGAGCAAGAUUCGUGAAAAGCUGCUGUCAUCAUUUAAUUGUGAAGACCCAUCUAAACUAACACGCAAUUUCCAUGGAUGUCGAUCUAAAAGUGUGCAAGCCGAACCUGUGUUUCCGAGAUCGGAUGAGCUCACAAAAAACUCUGCAGUAUUUUCUAAAACUGACUGCCAACAUGUGGAAGCUAAGGAGUGCAUUCUAAAUGAAGAGGUUGCCGCUGCAAAUGAAGACAAGAUAUCCAUUUCUCCAUGCAAAAUGCGGCCAACUUCACGUAUGCUUUACUAUGCACAUAGCCUUGAUGAGUCAUGGCUUUCAAGAAAUAGUGUCACUGAUGAUGAUGAAGUGUUCUUCACUCCCCCACCAUCAUCGUCACAACUUCCUUUUACAUGUAGGCCAAACAAAUGCAGUGGCAAAAUGAGUGAAAAAGUAUAUGUAAAAACCAAAGUCAGCAAGACUUGUUCAAUCAGCUAUUCAUCUGUAGACACGAUAGGAGAUGUUUUUCUCACACCCACACCUCCUCAAACUCCCAUUGCACAGCAGCCACAGAUGCCUCAUUCUUCAACAUCACUUUCAAAGGUUACUUCUCUGCAAGACAAUUCUGCUAGCUCAGAAUUGAGUAAACUAAAAGGAGAUGCACAUUAUGAAAGUCAUAGUACUUGUCACUUGCUGAAAACACAGUACCCUGUAUCUUGCUCAAAUGAAGAAAUUCAAUUAAAUAAGAUUGAAAAAAGCAGCAAAUGUCUGUCAUCACAGGCUGCACGUGAGUUGAAAAAGGAGCCUCUCGAAAACGCAUGCAACAGAUCUGAGGUCAAAGUGGUACCACAACAAAGCUCUAAAAAGCCCAAGAGAAAACGGCAAAUAAAAGCAAACACUGCAGGCACUCACCAACUUCCUGGAAUGAGACAAGAGACAGUGAAAAGACGAAAAACUUUGAAAGGUUCUGGUUGUGAUGAGCAGUCAGAAGUAAACGAAGAAGAACUGUCUGUGAAAAAACGAAAGGUGGUGAAAAGACUGAAGACGUUGAAAGAUUCUAGUUGUGAUGAACACUCUGAAGUGAAAGAAGAGUUGAACAAGCCAUCAACGGGAGAUCCAGAUGAUGUGCAAUUAGAGAGUUCUGUGAUAAAAUCAAGGAAAAGUGGCAACAUUAGCACAAAAAGGCAGAAAUGCAGCAAAAGCUUUAAUGAGAACUUUAUACGAAUCAACCUCAAGAAAAAGAAAUUUUCUCGUGGUCAUCACAAAGUGAAUGUUCGGCAGUUGAAAUACAAAGAGUGGAAAAAGAAACACACCUUUUCUGAGAGAACGUCCUGCAAAAGUGCCACAUCAAAAUGCUUUAAAUGUGGAGAACUUGGUCAUUGGGCACGUUCUUGUUCUACAAACUCAAGUAAGCUUAAAAUCCCUGAAGAGCCAGAAGUUGCCCAUUUGCCUACAUUGGAGGAAGCUGCUCAGAUGGCACGUGGUAUCAAGAGCAGCAACAUCUCGGAAACCUCGACAAAGGUUUUUUCUUCAAAAGAUAGUUCUCAACAACAAGACGAGGCAGGAACUAUUAUGAAUGAAAGUGAAAUUCGUGACCAUGCUGCGGACAUGAAAGGCAAUGAAAGGAUAAAUGUCCAGCCGCUUCUAAAAGCUGACCUUGAUGGAAAACUUCCAGACACACCAGAAUUCGUUUUUGAAGCACUGCAUAAGAUGGGCUUUUCUGAGUUCAGGCCUGGGCAAGAAGCAACAAUUAAAAGAAUUCUAUGCGGUUUGUCAACACUGUUGGUGUCUUCAACUGGCUCAGGAAAGUCUUUGUGCUACCAACUUCCAGCAUAUCUGUAUGCACAAAAAUCCAAAUGCAUAACAUUGGUAGUGUCGCCAUUAAUUUCUCUUAUGGAAGACCAGGUGGCACGGUUGGCUCCAUGCUUAAAAGCAUCAUUCCUGCACAGUGCUAUGCCAUUGGCCCAGAAGGAGAAAGUGCUGGCGCAAAUUCGAGAAGGAAGCAUUCACUUCUUGCUUGUCUCUCCUGAAAGCCUUGUGGAAGGAAGUAGCAUUGUGCACCAGCUGCCUUCAGUGGCUUUUGCCUGCAUUGAUGAGGCACAUUGCCUUUCCGAGUGGUCGCACAACUUCCGCCCUUCAUAUUUGCAACUUUACAAGGUCCUCACAAUGCAGCUAAAGGUCCGCUGCAUCCUUGCUCUGACAGCAACUGCAACUAGGAGCACAUGUCUGAGCAUAGCAGAACACUUGCAGAUUGACAACAUGUCUGCUGGGGUUAUUGGGACACCGUCUGUGCCGGAGAACCUAAUUUUGUCAGUUUCAGAAGACAAAUACCGUGAUGAGGCUCUUAUAGAGCUUCUAAAGGGAAACAGGUUUGGCAGCUGCGAAAGUGUCAUAAUUUACUGCACACGAAGGGAGGAGACAGAACGGUUAGCAUCAUUAAUUCGCACCAGUCUGCAGCAUGUUGAGAAGCAAACUGAUAGAGAAAACAGUUCAAAGGCUGCUAAAGGUCGACGGUCCUAUCUGGCUUGGGAUGCAGAGGCAUAUCAUGCUGGAAUGACACCAUUCAGGCGGCGCUCAGUUCAGAAAAAGUUUAUGACUGGUAAGCUCCGUGUUGUUGUAGCAACUGUUGCAUUUGGUAUGGGGAUUGACAAGGCCGACAUCAGAGCAAUUAUUCAUUAUAACAUGCCAAAGAGCUUUGAGAACUAUGUUCAGGAAGCAGGACGGGCUGGACGGGAUGGUCUCACGUCACACUGUCACCUAUUUUUGGAGCCUGAGAACAAAGACCAAAAUGAGUUGAAGCGGCACAUAUAUGCAAACUCAGUGGAUCGGCACGUUAUUAGAAAGCUCCUUAAGAAAGUUUUUGCACCUCUUGUGAAGAGGAGAAAAACUGAGGAUAACACUGCUGCCAUGCUGAAUCAAAAUUCCAUGUAUGAGAUUGCUAUUCCAAUUGAAGCGACUGUAGAAGAAUUGGACUUGAAAGAGGAGAAUAUCCUCACAUUGUUGUGCUUCCUGGAGUUCCAUCCUCGUAAAGUUGUACGAGUGCUGAACAAAGUGUAUGCGACAUGCACAAUCAAGUGCUAUGGUGGCCCCCAACAACUGAGAUCAGUUGCAUCAAAGAACGCAGCAGUGGCAGCGGCAGUGGCACUGCAAGAGAAGUGUGACCAACAGCCUGUUAACACACUGUCAUUCCCUGUUGUGGAUGUGGCUGCAUAUAUGGGCUGGGAUUCGAAGCUGGUUAAGAGAGAUUUAAAGACACUAGAGUAUGACAACACUGUGCUUCAUGCAACGGGAUACUCUCGCAAAUCAGGCGUCAUCGUGGAGUUUUCGGACCUCGCCUUCCACCUGAAUGUUUCGGCCGCUCUCACUGAAGAGGACUGUGAUCAUUUGCUGGAUUACCUCUAUGAAAGAGUACGAAAGCAAGAGAAGCUGGACAUUGCCCGUCUUAAAAAAGUACAAGAAGCCUUUCAGAGUGCAUCUUGUGAAGUGUGUACUGAAUGUGCGGAGACUGCAAGCAUAGAAAAAAGCAAUUCACUGAAGAAACUGAUUCAAGAUUACUUUGAUGAAAAGUUAGCCCUGGACCAUGAUGAUGAAGAGCCUCCACAGACUGAGCGAUGCUUAAACCAGCUUCGACAGGAAAUUCGAAACCUCGUGAUGCAACACAGGGACCACUCGUUCAAUGGUCGAGCGGUGGCGCGUAUAUUUCAUGGCAUUGGGAGCCCAUGUUUUCCGGCACAAGUAUGGGGAAGAGUGCGCCGGUUUUGGAGGGGCUUCCUGGAUGUGGACUUCAACACAAUAGUAAACAUUGCAAACAAAGAGCUUCUGUCACUGCGCUGAACUGUGCAAUGAAAUUUCUCUCCCCUUCUCCAUCUUGCUGUUCACACUUGCAGACUAUUUUAUACCUUUGGUCUACGCUGCUUUAGUUCUUUUGUAAUAAAAAAAUAUAUAUUUAUUGAUGUAAAA